AUGCCGCUCAAAGCAGCUGCUGCACCGAAGCGCAAGGUCUCCCAUAGUAGCGCGUCUUCUACUAGUGGAGGCCACAGCAGUAAGAAAUCCAGAACGGCCACCACGACGUCCAGCAUCGUCUUCCAACACUACCCACCGGAAAUGUCCAACCAGCGGGCCCAGGCAUAUAUUGAUGGCGACUUGCCGAAGCCCAUAGACGAGCUCACGGAUGCGCUGGAAGAAACAGCCGCUCAGAUGCACGAGGUUGACCCUAAGGACGCCAUGGUGCACUGGUUCAAGUCGGACUUGCGCACCCUCGACAAUCGGGCUCUAGCCAUGGCCAGCGAGAAGGCCCAGAUGGCAGGAGUGCCUCUGAUCGGCCUGUAUGUGGUCAGUCCGCAGGAUUGGGAGGCCCAUCUGACGGCACCUGUGCGCGUCGACUUCGUGCUCCGGACGCUUGCUGUUCUUCAAAGGGACCUGGCAGAACUUGGGAUCCCAUUGUGGAUGGAAACGGUCGAGCAGCGCAAACAGAUUCCUCAUCGUAUCUUAUCGCUGAUGGACAAAUGGGGCGCCAACCACCUCUUUGCCAACAUGGAAUAUGAGGUCGACGAGUUGCGGCGUGAGACAGCGAUGGUGCGCCAAUGUGCGGCGCAGGGAAAGUCCAUGGCGGUGGUCCAUGACAUCUGCGUGGUGCCUCCGGGGAAUUUGACUAGCAAGAGCAGCGGCAAGGCCUAUGCGGUGUACACGCCCUGGUUCCGGGCUUGGAAGCAGCACGUCUACACCAACGAACAUAUUCUGGGUCCCAUCGAUAACCCCAAGACGCAAGCCAAGACGAAGACCAGAUGGCCGGCAGAGCUGAUGGACUGCCCGAUCCCGAGUGCUCCCAAAGGCAAGACUCUAGGCACCAAAGCCGAGGCCAAGCGGUUUUGCACCCUGUGGCCUGCGGGCGAGCACGAGGCAAUGAGGCGGCUGGAACACUUCUGCGACGAGCGCGUUGCCGACUACUCGGAUGAGCGAGACUUCCCAGCCGUUGAAGCAACAUCGUCACUCUCGCCAUACCUCGCAGCCGGCGUCCUAAGCGCGCGAACGGUAAUCCGAACGGCACGUGAUCGCACCGGCGCAAAGACCUUGGAUGACGGCACCGAAGGUUUCCGCGUAUGGAUCAGCGAGGUGUCCUGGCGUGACUUUUACCGGCACAUCCUGGUCGCCUGGCCUCAUGUUUGCUUCAACAAGCCCUUCAAGCUCGCUUACAGUGGCAUUGCCUGGUCCUACAACCACGACCACUUUACCGCCUGGACUGAAGGUCGCACGGGCUACCCUAUUGUUGAUGCCGCGAUGCGUCAACUGAAUAAACAAGGCUGGUUGCACAACCGCUGCCGCAUGAUUGUGGCGUCGUUCCUGGCCAAAGACCUGCUGCUCGACUGGCGCCUUGGCGAGCGAUAUUUUAUGGAGCACCUAGUGGACGGUGACUUUGCCAGCAACAGUGGCGGCUGGGGGUUUUCGGCCAGCGUCGGCGUCGAUCCGCAGCCAUACUUUCGCAUCUUCAACCCCAUCCUGCAGAGCGAGCGAUUCGAUCCGGACGGCACGUACAUCCGUCGGUGGGUGCCCGAGCUUCAGGAUAGCGGUAUCGCCGACAACAAGGCCAUCCAUGAGCCAUAUGGACGCGGUUUUGGUGACCAGGCCAGAGCGGCCGGCUAUCCAGAGCCGAUUGUGCAGCACAAGCAGGCACGCGAGGCGGCUCUGGAGGCGUACAAGAAGGCACUCUCGGGUAACUGA